AUGGAAGACGCCGUUACACUCGCAAAUACAAUUAAUGCCCUUCUCGGCACGCACUCCCAUAAAAACCCGAGUGAUUUUGAGCUGCGCGAUGCGAUGCGGGAUAAGCAUCAAAACGCUCGUGUCGACCAUGCUUGGGUCAUUGUGAAGGUCGUGGGUGAUCUCACGAGGCAACAGGCUUAUGACGGUUGGAAGGCCUACUUUGUGCAGCGAUGGCUGACGCCCAUCGUGGGCCUUGACACUCUUGCAAAGAAUAUUGCUGGAUUGUGUGUUAUGGCGCCAAAGCUUACUUAUGUGGACUUUGAUGAGAAGAGGGGGAUUCUAGGGUGGCAGGACACACUAUCUGCUGUAAAGGAGAGGGAAGCUCGAGAAGAAGAUGAAAGACUCAAUAGUGGACCUUCGUGGAGUGACUUGAACAGGGGCUUUGCGUCUGUCUUCCCGCAGGGGCUAGCAGUUUUAGUUGCUUUGUAG